AUGACUGACGAAAAGUUUAAUCAUAAGAGGGUUAAACUCGAGGCUGCUAAUGACGACACUACAGAAUUUGCAGAUUUAAAGCACCUUUUUUUCAGGUUAAACACAGUUUACACAUUUCUUAUGUGCAGAAAACAUGUAAUACCCACAUUUAAGACCAUUACAGACCCGAUCUCUGCUGCAUUAAAAAGACCAGUUACAAAAUUGGACCUUGCUAGAAUAGUUGCCAUAAUGCCUAGGGACUGUAUUUUUAAGUAUAUUGAUGAAAACCAAAUUCAUACGGAGACCAAGUUCUAUGAUUUCAAAAAUGGAGGCUUUCAAUUGAAAGAGAGUGAUAUAUUCAAAUUGGAAGAUGUGGAAUCUCAGUUUAAUGAUGCGAAGUCUACUCAAGUCCUUAUAUUUGAAUUUGUUGACGGUAAUAUGAAAAGAUCCUGGACUACUUCUUCAACCGACGCUGCAGUCAACCAGGUAAGACUACCCACAUACACUCCUGAGGAAAUGAAGAAAAUGAUUUCAAAGAGAGCUAAACAUUUCAAUGAAAAGCUGGAAUCCUUUAUAAAAAGCCAAGAAAAGAAAAGUCUAGAUCCUUUCAAAGAAUUAACAGCCUUAGCAGAAAAGCUUGUGCCUUCAGAAAGAUCUUAUGAGGAUCCUAUAGAAGAGAUGAUGUCAGCUAAAUCAAAAAAUGAAGUGAUAACGGUUAAUGAACAGGCUGGGAUGACAAGACCCACUAUAAAUACGAUGAUACAAAGGCUUAAGAAAAUGGACUCUUAUUAUGACCAAAUCAAAUCAGAUUUUUUAAUCCCAGCAAGAGAAGCACAAUAUGGAAAUCUAGAUUUUGAGUUAGCGCUUGAAAUUUAUCCAGCUUUGGAGCACCACAGGUUUUACAAUCAUCAGGCAGAUGCCAUCAACGCAAUUCAUAAUGGAGAGAAUGUCAUUAUUACUACAUCAACAUCGUCAGGUAAAUCAUUGAUUUACCAACUUUCAGCUAUAGAUAUUCUAUUAAAGGAUCCUGAAUCAACAUUUAUGUAUAUCUUCCCAACGAAAGCUUUAGCUCAAGAUCAAAAGAGAGCGUUUGAAGCUAUAAUUUCAAAGAUCCCUCAGUUACGCGAUCUACGAGUGGACACUUAUGAUGGAGAUACCGAGCCAUCCCAGAGACAAUCAAUAAGAAAGAAUGCAAGAGUCAUAUUCACAAAUCCAGAUAUGAUCCAUGUGAGCAUAUUACCUAAUCAUGUGAACUGGACCCACUUUUUAUACAACUUGAAAAUUGUCGUUGUCGAUGAAUUACACAUUUACAAAGGGUUGUUUGGCUCAAAUGUUGCGCUGGUAAUGAGACGGCUUUUACGAGUCUGUAAGGAGUACUAUGCAAACAAUGAAUUAAGAUUCAUUUCAUGUUCUGCCACUUUGAAGAAUCCAGUUAAACAUAUGAAAGAUAUUUUUGGCAUCACAGACGUACGAUUAAUUUCGGAAGAUGGCUCACCUCGUGGAGACAAGAAUUUAGUUAUUUGGAAUCCACCACCUCUGUCCCAACACAUGAGAAAAAGAGAAAAUUUUAUAAGAGAAAGUGCAAAAAUCUUAGUAGAGCUUAUACUAGUAAAUGUAAGAACCAUUGCGUUUUGUUACGUUCGCAGAGUAUGUGAAUUACUUAUGAAAGAGGUUCGGUCCAUAUUACAAGAGAUGAAUAGAUCAGAUUUGCUUGUGGAUGUUAUGUCUUACAGAGGUGGUUAUUCUGCCUCUGACAGGCGUAAAAUUGAGCGUGAAAUGUUUCACGGUAAUUUGAAAGCUGUCAUAUCAACUAACGCAUUAGAACUGGGUAUUGAUAUUGGUGGACUAGAUACUGUUCUUAUGUGUGGUUUUCCCUUGUCGGUAGCUAACUUUCAUCAACAAAGUGGUAGAGCGGGUAGAAGGAACCAUGACUCCAUGACCUUAGUUGUGGCAAGUGAUUCACCUGUAGAUCAACAUUAUGUAGCCCACCCUGAGGUAUUGCUGAAUUUGGAUGAUCCUGAUACCUUUCAAGAUCUUGUUCUUGAUUUUGAUAAUCAAUUGAUUCUAGAGGGUCAUAUACAAUGUGCUGCAUUUGAAUUACCCAUAAGGCUUGAUAGGGACUCCAAGUAUUUUGACGAGGAGCAUCUUAAAAGUAUUUGUGAACAGAGAUUAUAUUCUGACGAUCAGGGUUUUCAUACCAACAACAAGUUUCUACCGUGGCCUGCGAAACAUGUAUCAUUGAGAGGUGUUGAAGAGGAUCAGUUUGCUGUCAUUGACAUUACGAAUGGGAGAAACUUAGUUAUAGAAGAGAUUGAAACAUCUAGAACAAGCUUUACAUUAUACGAUGGUGCUAUAUUCAUCCACCAGGGGUAUCCAUACCUUGUGAAAGAAUUCAAUCCUGAUGAGAAAUAUGCCACUGUGCAAAGAGUCGAUGUUGAUUGGGUUACAAGUCAAAGAGAUUUUACUGAUGUUGAUCCAGAACUCAUUGAAAUGGUACGUCCGUUGAAAUCUAGCGAUGUUCCUGUCUAUUUUGGUAGGAUAAAAACAACUAUAAUAGUCUUCGGAUAUUUUAAGGUAGAUAAAUUUAAAAGGAUUAUUGAUGCAGUCGAAACACAUAAUGACCCAAUAAAAUUCACCUCGAAAGGUCUCUGGAUAGAUAUUCCAAAGAGGGCUUUGGAUAUAUGUGAAUCCAAAAGAUUAAAUAUUGCGGGUGCCAUCCAUGCUGCUCAACAUGGUAUUAUGGGUAUAUUCUCAAGAUUUAUUGUCGCUGGAACGGAUGAGAUUCAUACAGAAUGUAAAGCACCAGAGAAAGAAUUUGCUGAAAGGCAAACGAAAAGGUUACGUCCCGCUAGACUUAUAUUUUAUGAUUCAAAAGGAGGAGAAUAUGGCUCAGGAUUGUCUACUAAAAUAUUCGAGCACAUUGAUGACAUUCUUGUAUCAUGCUUACAAAGAAUUGAGGAAUGCCCCUGCGAUUAUGGCUGUCCCGACUGUGUUCUAGCAACAUAUUGUAAGGAAAACAGUUUGGUUAUGUCAAAGGCGGGAGCCAUUAUUUUACUACAUACCAUAUUAGGGCACUCCGAUUCAUUGUUUCUGGAUAAAAUAAAAGAAGGGCCUGAACCAAACAUGCCAGAUAUCAAAGUAGAGACUGUAGUACCUGUUGCAGAACAUGUGAACUUUGCUCCCGAUUUCAAAUUGAUCGAGAUUACAUAA